AAGGCAGAGGCUUCCCGGGCCCUGCCCCGCCGCCUCCCGUGACGGGACCGAGCCUCAGCGGCGCGCGGCAGCGGCGUCAGCGCUCGGCGCCGCCCGAAGGUCACACACCGGCCUCAAGAUGGCGGCGGCGGCGGGCGGCUGCCGGAAAUGUCUCAUCAGUGGCAUAUGGCUUAUAUCUAGGAGAUACCCAGUUCCUGCAGUCCACAGUGGUACCCGGUAUAGAACGAGCACGCCUCUUUUAGAGAUCAAUCAGUCUAGAUGUUAUUCUUCAGGAGGAAGAAAAGGUUUUAUAUCAGGUUUUGUGGAAAACAUCAAACAAGAAUUAGCAAAAAACAAAGAGAUGAAAGAAAGUAUUAAAAAGUUCCGAGAUGAAGCUAAAAAGCUAGAAGAAUCUGAUGCACUUCGAGAAGCAAGAAGGAAAUAUAAAACCAUUGAAUCUGAAACAGUGAAGACCUCAGAAGUGAUUAAAAAGAAACUUGAAGAAAUCACUGGUACAGUUAAAGAGAGUUUGGAUGAAGUAAGUAAGAGUGAUAUUGGCCGGAAGAUAAAAGAAGGUGUGGAAGAAGCAGCAAAAACGGCAAAGCAGUCUGCAGAGUCAGUGACAAAAGGAGGGGAGAAAUUAGGCAAGACAGCAGCCUUCAAAGCUAUCUCUCAGGGAGUAGAAACCGUUAAGAAGGAAAUAGAUGAAAGUGUUUUAGGGCAGACUGGUCCUUACAAGCGUCCAGAGCGACUACGAAAAAGGACAGAAUUCUCAGGCGAGAGGAUUAAAGAGGAACGAGUGUUUGAAGCUAAUGAAGAGGCCAUGGGUAUGGUGCUGCAUAAGGACUCAAAAUGGUAUCAGCAGUGGAAAGAUUUCAAGGACAACAAUGUGGUGUUCAAUAGGUUCUUUGCAAUGAAGAUGAAGUAUGAUGAAAGUGAUAAUGCAUUCAUUCGAGCUUCCAGAGCUGUCACAGACAAAGUCACCGAUUUGAUAGGUGGAUUGUUCUCGAAGACAGAAAUGUCUGAGGUUUUGACAGAGAUACUCAAAGUGGAUCCCUCCUUUGACAAAGAUCGUUUUUUAAAGCAAUGCGAGCGUGAUAUAAUCCCCAAUGUCUUGGAGGCUAUGAUGUCUGGAGAGCUUGAGAUCCUCAAAGAUUGGUGCUACGAAGCAACUUACAGUCAGCUUGCUCAUCCAAUCCAGCAAGCCAAAGCCAUGGGUCUGCAGUUCCACUCCAGGAUUCUGGACAUUGACAACAUUGAUCUGGCUAUGGGGAAAAUGAUGGAGCAGGGACCAGUAUUAAUCAUCACUUUUCAAGCUCAGAUUGUGAUGGUAAUAAAGAAUCAGAAAGGGGAGGUGGUAGAAGGCGAUCCGGACAAGGUUCUGCGGAUGCUGUACGUAUGGGCACUGUGCAGAGACCAGGACGAACUCAACCCCUACGCUGCCUGGAGGUUAUUGGACAUUUCCUCAUCGAGCACUGAGCAAGUUCUCUGAGAAGAAUCGCAUCUGAGAGCUUCCUGUCCCUCUCUUCAAGCAAUGCCGGUUCUGAAUUUGCACCAGUCUACUGCAUGAUGAUCUGCGGGGGAAAGAGGCUAGAUUGGUUCCUUUUCAGAAGAACAGGCUGUGAGGUGUGCCAUCGUUACGCCAAUUCCCAUCAUGAACUGGACGAGUCUGACGUAUCUGCCUUACACUUUGCUGUGUAGCUGUUGCACUGUAAGGAUGUACGGUAGAUGGUAAUGUGAGUGCUCUGAGACACUAGCGGCUGCUCUUGGCUCCUGUUUUAAUCGUGGCUGAAGGAGGUUUGGGUUCUGUGUAUUUCCCAGUGCUUCCAGUGAUACCCACAGAGGUGGGUGUUGAAGAACAGUGCAGUGAGAUGUGACAGGUCUAGUUCCAAUCUGCUGUCAUCCUCUGAUGGCCUUACAUCAACCCCAAAAAGAACUUAGAGGUGCUUUUAAGGCACCACGUGUCUCAGCUAAUCCACAUCUCGCACAGAGCCGCACCAAUCUGUUGCUGUAGUGUCUUGUACCUCGCCAAACCAAAUGCAAUCAGGUGUUUGCACAUGACUCGGAGUAGAACAGAGUCAGGAUGGAGGUGUUUGCAUCAUCAUACAUAAAUGUCCACAGUUCUGCAGGGGGAACAUUCUUGUUUGUGGUGUUUUUGUUCAUUGUGUCAGCUGGUACCAGGAAAGAGCACACACCUGCACUUCUCUGCCAGGCUGAGCUGAUGGUGCGGAGGAAACAGGCUCUACCUGGCUGCAGGGAAGCAGGCAGAGUGCUAGAACAGUGAUCAGGAAUAAGGAUGGACAGAGUAACAGCAAAUGAGUAAAUAACAUGCAAUAACACGUAGAACGUCACCUCUUGUAGCUCAGACAGUGAUUAGGUGAGAUGAAAAGAGAGGGUGCGGUUCCCUUACUGCGUGGAGUUCUUCCCAAGCAUGGCUUUCUUCACCGGAUGGAUUUCUGCUCUGGGGGAUCACACACCUGUCCUGGAAGUCCCAGGUAGCAACUGGGAGGCAUCAGAGGGAAACUGCAGGCACGUUUACAAAAACCCUUGGUUCUGAGCUUCUGGUGAAGGCUCAGUUUGGGCAUUGUGGUGGGGUUCAAAUCCUCAACUGCGUCCUCUUAAUGGAAAGUGAGGUUGGGGGGAAAGAAGAUAGUCGUGGAAGGUCAUCAAAGGGCUGAUGUGCUGCUGUGUUCUGCCUGUACACAGAACAGGGUGAUGCUGGAUAGCACUUCUUGACGUGGGGAUGGAAGAGUGACCAGAUCAGUUCAUUUGAGUGUAAAUGGGAUUUUCUCACAGCCCUUGGGAGAAACGUUUAAAUCUCACAGCUCUUGGGUGAUGUGUGCAGCAAAUUCAAUAGCAGUCUACCCUGCCCCAUAGAAGAUGCCCGAACUUGCUGCCUGGCUGCCAGGCUAGGUCCUGCUGCUCCCAGGGCAGGCUGGGGGGGGGGGGGGGGGGGUAUUCCCCGCUGCCUCCCUCAUCGCACAGUUUUCUCCCUGGUGCUUUUGCCGUUGAAAUAAUUUCCGAUUUUUACUCAGAUCUUUAAAGCGCCAAUACCCAAACUAAAGAUCUGAACAGAGUUAAUUCCACAGUGCAGAAAUCAGCCGUGAGAGGGAAUCCCCGUAUCUGACUGCCUUCAGAAAUGGAGGGCGAUGCGGACCUCACUUGGUGAGGCUUUUUCUGGGGUGGAUCUCGUCUAACAUCUCUGCACGCUGCCUGUACUGUGCGUGGAGAGCCUAAUUCUGUAUUUGAGUGUCUGGACUGCUGAGUGGAAAUGCAGUGUGUCUUUGAGAUACUUCCUGAACUUCACCGGGGAUGGGGAAAGUCUCAUCACCAACACGAUACAGAAAUUGAGUCAGUGGCUUCGGGACAUGAAGACUGCUCCUCUCCUGCCCUGCUACCUCUGUAGCUGAACAGAGGCUGUCCCUGAUAAACACGGGUCUGCAACAGCCUAGGUAUGUGUGCAGUCUAUAGCCUGUUGUCCAAAACUUUCGGGAUUCUUCUUUGAAACAUGUGCAAAACUUCUUUUAUCUGGUA